CAAAGCGCAGUUGCAGGUGGUGGACCCCGGGUCUAGCAACGAGGCCCGAUAGCUAGCAUUGUCUCUUCCUCACGCCCAAUAAAAAGUGCCCGCGCACGCACCAGACAAGAUACGCAGUACCAUUGCUCGUUCGAGGAGAUACCCCCACCCCUUUUCGAUUCGCUCCCAAUUUUUCGCCUCUAGCUCCACCUCUGUUUCUAAUUAAAUCAACCAACACGCCAAAGAGGGGGGCGACGAGCAAUUGAACCUAAGACGACAACGACGAGGUCGGUGACGAAGCACGCCGCACGACCAAGAUGCUCGAGGGCGUCCUGGCCUCUGUCCUCAACCGCUUCCUAGCGUCCUACGUCGAUGGCCUCAACACAAGCCAGCUCAAUGUCGGGAUCUGGAGCGGUGAUGUCAAGCUUCGAAACCUCCGACUCAAGACGUCUGCGCUCGACAAGUUCCGGCUUCCCAUCGACGUCAAGGAGGGCUUCCUGGGCGACCUGACGCUCUCGAUUCCCUGGUCGAACCUCAAGGGGAAACCGGUCAGGGUCCUCGUCGAGAAUGUCUACCUGCUCGCGUCGCCGCGCAACGCGGGCGCAGACGUGGACGAGGACGAAGAAGAGGAGCGGGCACAGGCGGCUAAACAGGAGAAGCUGGCUAAUGCCGAGCUUCUGGGCCGGGAUGGGCCACAGGUCGUCGGCAUGAGUUCAGAGGAUGCGCAAAAGAACGAGAGCUUCACGAGCUCCCUCAUCACCAAGAUCGUCGAUAAUUUGCAGAUUACUGUCCGCAACAUCCAUGUUCGGUACGAGGAUGACUUGUCAAAUCCAGAGCAUCCCUUCGCUGCCGGUCUGACGCUGGCCGAGUUCUCGGCCGUGUCGACGGACAAGGACUGGAAGCCGACCUUUGUGCAGAACAGUGCAGAGGGCAUCCACAAGCUCGCCAGGCUCGAGUCACUGGCAGCGUACUGGGACACGGACGCCGACUCUUUGGCAGGUCACGAACUAUCAAAAGCACAGCAGUUGUUCAACGACCUCAUUGCGAGAGAGGGCCAGAUCCCCGACCACCAGUUCAUCCUCAAGCCCGUCUCCGGCGCUGGUCGUCUCGUCAUGCGUCGAAAGAUGACAAAUGAUAUACCCAAGAUGGACGCCCAGCUCCUCUUCGAUCAGCUCGGCUUUGCGCUCGACGAUGAACAGUACAGAGACGUCAUCUCUGUGACAGACCUCUUCCACUUUUUCAACAGGCAGGCCCAGUACCGACGCUUCCGUCCUUCAGUUGAGGAGCUGGAGGAGAAUCGGCCGCGAGCCAUGCUCCACUUUGCUGGCAGGGCAAUCCUCAACGAAGUGCACGAAAAGCACAAGGUGUGGUCGUGGGACUACUUUCGCCAGCGCAGAGACGACCGCAGAGAUUACGUCAGGCUGUUCAUGGAGAAGGAGAAGCAGGCCAACAAGGCCAACCAGAACCAAGCUGGCGUGGUGACGGCGCAGAGCGAGGAAGGCGAACCGCUUAAGGAUCUCGAAAAACGACUUUCGUACAAGGACAUUCGUUUCUACCGAUCUAUUGCCAGGAACGAGCUACGAAAGGAAAAGAUCGCACAGCGGAAAGACGAAAUUGCAAACGGACAUUCGAACCAAGCAGGCGGCUCAAAUUCGGCCGGCGGCGGGUGGCUCGGAUGGAUCUGGGGCGGUGGAGGAGGAGGGCAUGCUGAGGGAAGCAAUCAGGGAGGCGUGCUCAAUGACGAGCAACGAAAAGAGUUGUACGACGCCAUCGAAUGGGACGAGGAGUCUGGUUCGACUGCCAUCGGCCAGGCGCUCGACCUGCCUGGCGAUGCCAUGAAGUUGCGGCUGACGACCAAGCUGCAGACGGGUUCCUUCGCGCUCCACGAUCACUCCAAAGGAAACGAAAUUAUCUCGCUCGUCUUUGACUCUCUACAAGCCGAUGUGAUUCAGCGUAUCGACAAUCUUGAAGCCGCCCUGUCGCUCGGCGGUCUGCGUGUCUAUGACGGCACCUCGCCUCAGUCCCUGUACCCGCAGAUUGUCAGAGUCAAGGAUGACGAGCUGGGCAUGCCCAAAGGAAGGCAGAAUUCAGCAGGGGCCGAUCUCGAGCAGGUCGAGAAAGAGGUGGGCGAAGAGAGCGACCCAGAUAACCCCUUCUUUGCGCUUCGCUUCGAGAACAAGCCGCUGGACAAGCGUGCGGACAAUGCGCUGUCGCUCAAGAUGCGCUCCCUCGAGAUCAUAUACCACCGCGGUUAUGUCGAGGAAAUCGUUCGCUUCUUCAAGCCGCCCGAGUCGGAGCUGGAGCUGAUCGGUGCGCUCAUUGAUGUGGCGAGCGAAACGCUCGAAGGCAUCCGUAAAGAAACACGGACGGGUCUCGAGCAUGCUUUGGAGACCCACAAGACGAUCGAUUUAGACAUGGAUGUCAAGGCGCCCAUCAUCAUCGUCCCCGAGGAUGUGACGAAGAAGGAAUGCCAACAUAUCGUGCUCGACGCUGGUAAAAUUUCCCUGAAGUCGGUCCUUGCCGACCAAGGUGCGUUGGAUACGGUCCGGUCGAAGCAGUCGAAACAGUACACCGAGGAGGACUACAGGCAGCUGGAAGACCUCAUGUACGACCGCUUCUUUGUCAAGCUCGAAUCAGCGCAACUCGUCAUGGGUCCUGACCUGGCCUCGUGCAUGAAGAGCCUGCACGCCGACUCGGAGCAUGACCAUGCAUUCCACCUCCUCGAGCGCAUCAACCUUGACUUUACCCUUCACAACUCCAUUCUUCCCAAGGCGCCUAACCUGACCAAGUUCAAGAUGACGGGCCAUCUGCCCUCGCUUCGUGUCAACUUUUCCGACAGAAAGUACAAGACGCUAAUGGCCAUCAUCGAUGUCGCCAUUCCCCAACUGAGCGACAGCGAUAGCUCUAAGGCCAAUUCGCGAGCAGGCACAAUUAUGGAGCUGUCCGAAGUGGAAGAGGAGGAGGAGCCAGAGGAGGAGCAAGGCAGGAAAUUCGGUCGGCACUCGUCGCAGCCUUCGGAGACGUUUAAUCUGAGCAGGGAGAGACGUUCGAGAAUUGCGAGCCAGAUGCGAGGGGACGAGUACGUGGUAGAACCGGCGAGCGAAGAUGUUGAAGAUGACCAGGCCGAAUUCCAGGACGCAGAAGAUGCGACUGCAGACCGCAUCAAUGCGCACCAAAAGAAUUUCGAGCUACACUUCGUCGUCGACAGGCUCUCUGGAUCCAUUUACAAAUCCAACACGGACCCUUUGAAACCAGACCGGCUCCUUGUCGAGGCCGUCUUUGAAGGCUUCCUGCUUCAUCUUGCCGUCUAUCCAUACCAUCUUGAUGUCGACGUCGGGCUCCGCAGCCUGGAACUCGAGGACAAGAUCGUCGACCAGGGCGCCGUCUUCAAGCAUCUCAUCACAUCGAAGCAGGUCGACGAUGGCGCCACAAAGGGAGGGACAGUUAGCACAGAAACAGAGCCAAACACGCCGCCAUCUGAUAAGGACCUGGUUCGGGUCAAAUACACUCGAGUUCAGACCGACUCACCGGAGUUCAUGUCGGUCUAUGAGGGCAUCGACCAGACGAUCAAUGUCGAUGUGUCGACGAUCAACAUCAUGCUCACCCGAGUCAGCGUGCUGGCCGUCUACGAUUGGAUCAUGACAACGUUUGUACCGGCCCAAGAGGAACCGGUCCAACAGCCAAGCCAGCAAGGAGACAAGGGACGGAGGCAGAGCGACGCGUCCAAGACCAACAGGCGGAUCUCCAUCGAUGGACCGCCUAAAGACGACAAGAAUUUGGUAAAGGCUGGUAAUCCUGAGACUGUCGAGGAACGCAAGGAGAAGAUUCGAGUCCGAGUGAAGCUCACUUCUGUCGUCUUGCGCCUAAACAAUGACGGUGAGCUGCUCGCAACUCUGACGUUGUCGACGGCGGAUGUUGCAGUUUUGUUACGUGGCAACACGCUCCGUGUGGCCGCAAGGCUAGGCUCCCUUCUGCUCCUCGACAACUCCCAACGCCAGACGUCCAACCCAGAGUUCAAGAAGCUCCUUUCAAUCGAGGGAGAUGAGCUUGCCGACUUCACCUACGAGACCUUUGACGCUGCCGACAAACAGACAUACCCGGGUUACGACAUGGCCGUUUGGCUCCGAACAGGGUCGCUGCGAUUCACGUUCCUAGAAGAGCCAGUGCACGACUUGAUCCAAUUCUUCAGCAAAUUUGCCCAGAUGAAGGCUGUCUACGACGCGGCGACGCAGGCGGCCAGCGCCCAGGCGACGCAGCUCCAGGCAAAGGUAAUGAAGCUGCACUACGAUGUCAUCAUCAAGACACCAAUUGUUGUGCUGCCUCGCGACGUUCACUCGUCCGACGUGAUCACGGCCUACCUUGGCGAGAUAUACGCGCACAACACAUUCCCGGCCCAGGACGAUGAUCACGUUGUCACAAAGGUCGAGGCAGGCAUCCGUCACAUUCGCUUGGCCUCGAGGCUUCGCUCUGCGAACAAAGACUAUCGCGUACAAAUGAUCGACGACGUCAACAUCUCAGUCGAUAUGGCGCAGCAGGAGCAUGUUGAUCAUGAAAAGAGCUCGACGAGGAGUGGAGAGCCCGACAUGCAGAUCCGAGCGAGGAUGUCCGACGUCCAGAUCAAGCUGACCGAGCAGCAGUAUGGCUUCAUCAUCGCUCUUUCUCAGUCUAUUCCACGAGCUUUUGCGGGCAUUGGGGAAGAGGACUUUACGGAUAAUGGAGAAGAGGCCAUGGCGAAAGCGCCUCUUUCGAAGAAGCCUCAAAGCAUAGAGCCACCAUCCAAGCAGGACAACAAGUCAAGCAGUGGACGAGGGCCUGCGGUGGACAUGCUCCCUGAACUGGGCGCCGAGUCGCACGAUGAUACAGGCAAAGUCGUGCCUCUUGGAACGACGCUGGAUCUUCUUUUCAACGUCCGUACCAUCAACCUGGAGCUCUUCAACGCAGCAGCCACAGGACAGGAGUCGCUUAGCAACUCGAGCUUGGCCAGGUUCGCCCUCAAUGGGACAGAAGUCAAGCUCAAGAUGCUUUCCGAUUCGUCUCUCGAAUCAGAGGUCGUGCUCAAGUCGUUCACCGUUACUGACACGCGCCCAGGCAAGGAGACAAAGUUCCGCGAGAUCAUUCCCGCUGUCAAGCAUGACGGCUAUCAGUUCAUGCUCUCGUAUUCGAUGUCUGGAGCACCUGACCAUGCCGCUCUUGCCCUCAUCACCGUCGAUAGCCCAAAGGUCAUCUUUUCUCUAGACCCGAUGUUUGCCCUCUUGAACUUCUUCAUGAGCGCGUUCCAAGAGCAGCAGCUACAGCAACAGAAUGAGCACGACCAUGACACGGACGAUCGCCGUUCGACACCCUCUUCCAAGAAACCCAACAAGAGCUCCAUGUCGGGUGCUGGGGCAAAGUCAGCCCGGAACACAUCCGCGGCGCAAGGUACCGCAGACGGUGCCGAUGGUAUCGCAGCGCCGCCAGCCUUCUCCUUCCGACUCAACGUUGUUGACCCGACCAUUAUCCUCCUUGCCGCGCCGGAGAGGAGCGACACCGAGGCAAUCGUGCUGAGCAUCAAGCAGGUCCUCAUGUCGCAGCAAGGCGUACUCGCCCUCAUGGUGGAUCAAUUCGGCAUGUUCAUGUGCCGCAUGAACAAGCCAAAGGACUCGCUCCGCCUCGUCGACAACUUCAACAUUGCCUUGUCUCUGGAUAGCAGAGGCUAUGGGAUUCAGCAGAGCACCAGCAUCGAGCUCAAUGUGCAGCCGCUCAUCUUCCGCGUCUCGCUGCGCGACAUGAAGCUCAUCAUGUCCGUCAUCAACAAGGCCAUUGAGCUCUCUUCCAAAACGGGCGGUCAAGCCGAUUCGGGCGGAGCAAAUAGGGCGUCGGCUAGGCAACCGUCCGCGGUGAGCAGCAAGGUGGCCGAGUCCAUCGACGCAGCCUCUUCCUCAAGCGAGACAGGUGCUGUUACGCGAAGAAGCGAAAAGGGACAGUCACAGCAGUCGCACGACGCGCAACUCAUCGUCUCGAAAGAGACGCUAAAGGCCGAUUUUGAGCGCAUCCAGCUGAUUCUCAUCGGAGACACACACUCGCUCCCCUUGCUCGACUUGACGGUUGAGAAGUUUGGCAUCGCUGCGCAUGAUUGGUCGGCCGACUUGCGGCUGUCGACCUCGAUUGGAAUGCAUGUCAACUACUACAACCUCUCGAGGUCACACUGGGAGCCGCUCAUCGAUCCUUGGCUCGUCGAUUUUGGCAUCGAAACUAAAGCAGGCACGACAAACAUGAUGCUGUCUUCCAAGAGACGUCUAGAGCUCAACGUCACCACGACGCUCGUCGAGACAGCCAUGACAACCCUCGACUUGAUCAAGGACGACGCCAACAACAACGUGAGCGCCAACCGCAACGCGCAGGCACCCUUCCGCAUCUGCAACCGCACCGGCUACAGGCUCAGUCUUUGGGCGCAGCAUGAGGGAUCAAAGGUUCGACCCGCUGCACAGCAUCUCGACGACGGGAGCGACAUGCCGUGGCGCUUCGAGGAUUGGAAGAAUAUGCGAGAGCACAUUAUGGAAUCCGGUGGCAAUUUGCUGUCGCUCCACAUCGAGGGCAUGCCAUGGGAGCGUGUCAAGCAUAUCUCUGUCGACCGCGAGGGCGAGUUCCUCGUCAACCUCCGUCCCAAGCUCGAAAAGGUAUCACACAGACUCUUGUACGAAGUCAAGCUUGUGGACAACGUCAAGGUCGUCACCUUCCGCUCAACGUUCAACGUCGAAAACAACACGAUGGUUCCGAUUGAAAUGGUUGUGCUCGAUGCCGAAGGCAAGCUGAGCGACAUCAUCAGACACAUUGCGCCCGGCGAAUCAUGUCCCGUGCCCAUCGAAGCAGCAUACCACAACCGGAUCAAGCUUCGACCCGAUCCUGGUUUCGAGUACGGCUGGUCUAAUGAGGCUGUCAACUGGCACGACCUUAUCAAGCGGGCGACGCGCGUGUUGACAUGCAAUGACAGCAACGAGACUGAGGCGCCCUUCCGUUUCCAAUGCUACACUGUCUACGAUCGACAGGAUCCAGUCAGCCGUACGUAUCCCCGCCUCACGCUUCGAGUCCGAGCGCCCGUUGAAGUGGAGAACUUGUUGCCGUACGACAUCCAGUACCGGAUUUUCGACAAGAACCACAAUCGCAACUGGUCCAGCUUCCUGCGCAAGGGCGGCAUCUCGCCUAUCCAUGUCGUCGAGCUCUCCCAUCUCCUGCUCCUCUCCAUCGACAUACAAUCAUCGGUCUUUUCUCCAUCGGAGUUUGCAAUCAUUGCCACAGACAAUGGCGACGACUUCCCCGUGGAAAAGUUUUUGACGCUGGCCGAUGCAGAGAAUCUCAAGCUCCAGCUGCGGUUGCACUACCAAAAGUACCCCGACUCCGGUGGCGCCUUCAAGGUUCAAAUCUACUCGCCUUACAUCUUUGUCAAUUUGACGGGCUUGACUUUUUCGCUCAAGACCAAGAGCUGGAUCGGAGGUGCCAAGCUUGUUGCUGGUCAGGAUCCAGGCGCAGGAGAGGCCUCAGCUAUGCGCAAGGAGCCUGAGCCAUUCUUGUUCUCGCACAACACGAAGGAUCGAAGGAAUCGCGUGCAGCUGCGAGUCGGCGACUCGGGAUGGUCCAGGCCCCUCUCGUUUGAGGCCAUUGGGUCUGAGACCGAAGUCGUGAUCCCUUCAUCGAGCAAAAACGAGGAGAUUCAUCUCGGUCUUACCAUCGAGGAAGGGCUUGGCAAGUUUUCGUUGUCGAAAGUAGUCAAGCUCACGCCAAGGUAUCUGGUCAAGAACGACCUCGGCGAGCAGAUCAAUCUUCGCGAGGCUGGAGCGGCCGACAUCAUCUCGUCAGACCCGGGCAAGCGCCAGCCGCUUCACUUCCUGCGUGUGGGCGCGUCAAAGCAGAUGACAUUAGCCUAUCCCGGCCUCAACAACAAGUGGAGUGCGCCGUUCAACCUCGAAGACGUUGGUACGGUGCACCUGCGCAUUGCCAAGGUUGGACAUCAGCAGCAUCUCGUCAAGGUCGAGGUGCAACUUGAAGGACCAACCAUCUUCGUCACACUGUCUCACGAAAAGGGACCUUGGCCCUUCAUGCUGCGCAACGAGAGCGACCAUACGAUCACCUUUAUGCAGGCCAUUGAGCGAGGCGAUUCAUCGCAAGGUGGCACCGACGAGCAGGUUGGCAAGCGCUACGAGCUCAAGCCUCGGUCCAAGAUGAAGUACGCUUGGGACUACCCUGCCCUGCCAGAUAAGAUCAUCAAGCUCGUGGCCAAUGGCAGGGAACGCAACGUCAAUAUCCUAGAGAUUGGAAGCUUGCUGCCCUUCAAGUUCCCCAGCUCCGACGGGCGGGGUAACAGGGUGGUGUCCCUUGACGUGCGCGCGGACGGCCCGACGCAGACGCUGGUCCUAUCAAAUUACUCGGAGGCGACGAGCAAUUACCGUCUGAAGCGGCAAAACUCAACGUUCUCGCGCACAGACUCGAUUCGCACCGACCAGGGCUUCGAGGCUGUCGACGUUGACACGAAGAUCCUCUCGUCGUUCAAUAUCGAGCUGGAGGGCGUGGGCAUCUCCCUCAUCAACCGCAGUGUGCAGGAGCUGGCAUACAUUUCCUUCCGAGGGCUCGAAUUUCACUACUCGGAGUCGGAGGUCACGACGGCCUUCAAUCUCAUUUGUCGGUGGAUUCAAAUUGAUAACCAGCUCUUUACCGGCCUCUUCCCUAUCGUACUGUACCCCGCGGUCAUCGCUCCGGACCAAAAGGAUCUCGAGUCGCACCCAACGCUGCAGGCUUCGCUCAUCCGCAGCAAGGACGAGAGCCACGGCGUGACGCACAUCAAGUACGCCUCGUUCCUCUUGCAGGAGGUCACUGUCGAAGUCGAUGAAGACUUCCUCUUUGCCGUCUUGGACUUUACAAAAUUCGACGGAGCAGCUUCGUGGAGGAAGGCAAACCAGGAAGAGACUGAUUUUGCGCUACACACGCGAGAGAUCGCGGAGCCGCACGGCAAGCAGGCGGCACCGGCGUCAGAUGUCUACAUCGGCAUCCUACAUCUGCAGCCGCUGGCGAUCAAUCUUUCCGUCGUCCGAUCAGAGCGAUCGGACCAGGAACAGCAGGCAUCAUCGCACAAUCCGCUCUUCUUCGUCUUGAAUGCCGCCAGCAUGGCCGUUGGCUCGCUCGCUGACGCGCCGAUUAGGUUGUCGGCGCUUGUGGUGGAAAAUGUCAGGCUGAGCCCCGACCUGCUUAUGGACCGUGUCGUAACGCACUACACACAGGCGAUGCUGUCACAACUCUAUCGGCUCGUCGGCAGUAUCGAUGUCAUUGGCAACCCUGUCGGACUAUUCAACAACGUAUCUGGAGGCGCCAUCGCUCUCUUCUACGAACCGUACCAGGGCCUGAUCAUGCAUGGACACCGCGAGUUGGGCAUGGGCAUCGCCAGAGGCGCCUCGACGGCCGUAAAAAGCAUCGUAUUCGGUCUGUCAGACAGUGCGAGCAAGGUGACAGGUUCCAUCUCACAAGGUUUGGCCGCCGCCACGAUGGACCGCGAGUUCCAAGCUCGGCGAAGGAUGUCCAAAUUCAGGAACAAGCCACGUCACGCCCUGCUGGGCCUGACUGCAGCAGGUAACAGCUUCUUCACAAGUGUCACUUCGGGCGUCGAGGGUUUGGCGCUAAGACCUCUGGAAGGUGCUGAAGAGAAUGGCGCCGCCGGGUUCGUAACGGGUAUCGGCAAGGCCCUCGUCGGUGUUGUGACGAAGCCUGCUGUCGGUCUCUUUGAUGCCGCAUCAAACAUUACGGCUGGUGUGCGCAACACGACUGCCGUCUUCGAAAAGAAUGAAAUCGACCGUGUCCGCUUGCCCAGGUUUGUUGCCAGCGACGGCAUCGUUAGGCCAUAUAGCGAUCGGGAGGCGCUGGGCCAGACGUGGUUGAAGAACGUCGACAAUGGCCGCCUCAUGAAGGAACACUAUGUGGCGCACGUCGACGUCAGUGGGGGCCACCACCACUCGCAUCACGGACCACAACAAGGCGGAGAGGGCUCUUCGGCCCCAUCGUCGGGCCAGCAGCGCGACUCGGGAACUGGUGAUAAUGUCGUGAUGCUCACGGUCGGCCGCAUCAUGUUCAUUCGCACCCUUCGUCUAAGAGUCGCAUGGGAGGUGCUCUUGUCAGACCUCUCCUCCAUCUCGCUCGAAUCUGAAGGCAUCGCUCUCGUCUUGAGAGGUGGGAUCAAUGGGCCAUUCCUGCCGCUUCGAGACGUGGGAAGCCGCAACUGGUUCUUCAAGCAAAUCACCCGGGUCGUUCAGAGCUACAAUGCAGCGCAUUCCCAGUGAUGUAUUGCUUUUCUAAUUAUUGUCAUCAUAUCUUCUCUGCCCUUUCUGAUCUCUUCCGAUUUCUCUUCUCCUCUUGUGUGGAUCUCAAUCAUGAUGCGUUUACAAAAGCAAGCAAAUCUAGUAGUCGUCGCCC